AUGGCGCCAAGGGAAGGAGCGCACCGAUCUAGUCGACGUCGGCACACGGAAGGAGCGGGCGAAUCAUCGAAAAGGCAUCAUCAACACAGAAAAAAAAGAUCACCUACGAAGAGGCACGAAGCGACAUCGAAUUCCGAAGAAAGCCGAGAAGAGAGACGACAUCGACGACCAUCCUCAUCGCAGAAUCUGUCGUCUGGAGCCCUAGCACAAUUGAAUAGAGAAAAUGAUCGACGGAAGCGCAAGGCAGAGAAGGACCGGCGGAGACACCACAGAGGCGAGUACCAAGAGGUGGACACGACGCCGCGAUCGACGCCGCAAAAACCGCGUAAACACCACAAGAGCAAGAAGCGGAGGGUCGUGAGCGGCGCCAUCAUGGAGGAAGGACGAGCGGGAAGGUCUGGUUUAAGGGGCGGCGGCAGCUGGGGGGAGGAUGAAUUUGAAAAAGGGGAGCUGUAUCGCCGCCACAAGAAGAAGAAGCCCAGAAAAAAGCUUUGGAUGAUCCUUGGAAUCGCCAGCGUCGUGGUAGUCAUCAUCAUUGUUGUUGUGGCUGUCGUCGUCAGCAAAAAGAACGGUGGCGACAGUGGCUCAUCGUCACAAUCCUCUUCGCUCGACGGAAAGGAUCCGAAUGAAGUUCCUGCCCAAUGGAAAAAUACAUAUCUCGACCCUUGGAGUUGGAAGACCACUACAGACUUCAACGUUACGUUUACGGAUCAAAUGGUUGGCGGACUGCCCGUGAUGGGCUUAUUUUCGGAGUGGGACGACUCGGCGAAAGCAAACGACAAGGUGCCGGCUUUGAAUGAAGAUUGGGGUUCCUAUGGAAGCCGACCUGCUCGUGGAGUGAACCUAGGGGGUUGGUUGUCGUUGGAGCCGUUCAUCACACCAUCCCUCUUCAACUACGAUCUCAAAAUGGGAAUCAUUGACGAAUGGACACUCUGCCAGCACCUCGGGGCGUCCGCUGCAAGCACUUUGGAAAACCACUAUGCCUCGUUUGUUACAGAGGACACAUUCAAAGCCAUCGCCGCAGCAGGGCUCGACCACGUACGUAUUCCCUUUUCGUACUGGGCAGUCGAGGUGUACGACGGAGACCCUUUUGUAUUUCGAACAUCAUGGCGGUAUCUCUUGCGAGCAAUCGAGUGGGCACGAAAGUACGGUCUCCGUAUCAAUCUAGAUCUUCACGGGCUGCCGGGUAGUCAAAACGGUUGGAAUCACAGCGGAAGAUGGGGUCCUAUAGGGUGGCUCAACGGCACCAAUGGACAACUCAACGGCAAGAGGUCGUUGGACGUCCACGACAAGCUGAGCCAGUUCUUCGCACAAGACCGGUACAAAAACAUCCUCACACACUAUGGGCUGGCCAACGAACCGCGAAUGACAUUUUUGCAGACGGCCGAGGUGAUCCAGUGGACGGAAGAUGCGUACAAGACUGUGCGAAAGAACGGAGUCAAGGCACUGGUCAUCUUUGGCGACGGCUUCAUGGGUCUCGAUAACUGGAAGGGGCUGAUGGCGGGCUACGACGACAUGGUGCUGGAUGUCCACCAGUAUGUGAUUUUCAACGAAGAACAAAUCGUCUAUUCGCACCAAAAGAAGAUUCAAUAUGCCUGCGACGGAUGGACUCAACAAGCGCAGCAAAGCAUGAACACGCAGACAGGCUACGGGCCAACCAUUUUUGCAGAAUGGUCGCAGGCCGACACGGACUGUGCCAAGCACUUGACCAACGUGGGCUGGGGCAAUCGCUGGGAGGGUACUCUGAACACGGGGGACCCGAAAACGUCGGUCCUCACGCCGCGGUGCCCGACAAAAGACAGCAGCUGUUCGUGCGCGCAGGCCAACGCAGACCCGAGCAAGUACAGCGGGCAGUACAAGAAGUUUCUCCAGAUGUUUGCAGAGGCACAGAUGCACAGCUUUGAGAAGGGCUGGGGCUGGUGGUACUGGACGUGGAAGACGGAGAGCGCGCCGCUGUGGAGUUACGAGGCGGCUCUCAAGGCGGGAAUCAUGCCAACCAAGGCGUAUAGUCGCGACUUUAACUGCGACACGGAUGUUCCUGAUUUCUCCAAGAGCGGGCUGGCGGAGAACUAUUAG